AGAAACAGCCCCCCUCCUACCUGGGAUAUCCGGAAAUGCUCAUUCUGGGGAGGGGGGACCCCAGGUUUUCCUUUCCGCUUCCGUGUUCUUUUUAUAGCAAGUUCUUUCUGUCUGGACUUCUAUCUAGGUGAGUGUCAGUCUCACGGUUCCCGGGAAGCUGAGCCCGGCCCGGGGACCCAGAUGCCGGGUCUCACGCUGUGGUCGUGACCCAGGCCCAGGGCCUGCUCCCCCUCCUACCAUCCCUCCCCCAGGUUCAGAGGAAAGAGCCCGGGAGAUUCUCUCUAGCAUUUGUACCGAUCUCCCCCCACCCCAAUCCCCCUGUACCGACUUCCCCUUGUCACCGACCCCGGUCCCCACCUUGUACCAACCCCCUCCCUCCUUGUACUGACCCCGUCCCUCCUCCGACCUGGAGGAUGCGGGGGCUGCCUGGCACUAGCUCUCGGUCCCCCCAGCACGACAGCUGGCAUCUUUACCCAUGGGGAGUGGGGGGAAGCUCUGGGAGAUCUCUCCUUGGAGAGCAAGUUUUAGGGGCAGGCUCCUCGUAUCCCGCACGUUGCUCUGCUAAAAUCCCUGAAUUUGGAGGAUUUGGAUGUGAGGUCCUGCCUGGCUGCUGGAGAUCUGCGCUCUGAGACCCGCAGCCACCAAAGAAACCUGUGAUCUUGUGAUUUCUGCAGAAGCCACCAAGUCUGGUCCCGUUCUGGGGGGUUGCUUAUGUUUCCUUUCCCCUGCUCAGCUGCCUUCUGAAGCCCCUUGUUUCCUGAAGGGCUGCUAUGAUCCCCGGGGCCAGCUUCCAGGGAUCAGUGACCUUCAAGGAUGUGGCUGUGGAAUUCACCCGGGAGGAGUGGAAGCACCUGGGCCCCGCUCAGAGAAACCUGUUCAGGGAUGUGAUGCUGGAGAACUACAGGAACCUCGUCUCCCUGGGACUUUCAAUUGACAAGCCAGAUGUCAUCCUUCACUUGGAAAAAGGUGAUGCAACAUGGAUAAUAGAGCAGGAAAUCUCAAGAAGCACUUGCCCAGUGUGCUUUAAGCCAGGCACUAUAUGUGAAAUAAUGGAGCCAAUUCCCAAGCAAGACAUUUCUGUUGGAAAGUUAUCCAAGGAACAACUUUACAAAGAUGGUGUCUUUAAUUCCAAAUUUGGAAAAUCUUGGGAAUGUGAUAUUAGAUUAGAGUACCAGGAAAGAAGUCAUAUAAAACAAUCCCAGCAACUUAUAAUCAACUGCAGAAAUACUUCUACUAACUUUAAUGCCAGUAAAUAUGAUGAAUUUAGAAAAGACUUCAAUCUGGGUCCAACUUUGGGACAAAGUCUGCAGAAAUGUGAGAUACAUAGAAAGAACUUUAAACAAGGUUUAGAUGAAAGUAAACAUAUUGAAAACUUUUUUGUGAAGAAGCUUUGUAAGUAUAAUCAGUGUAGGGAGGCAUUCAGUUGUCGUUCAGACAUUAUUCAACAUCACAGGAAAGAUACUGAAGAAAAAUCAAAUGAAUGUUACGAGUGUGGGAAAGUAUUCACUUGUCACUCUUGUUUUGUUCUACAUCAGGGUAUUUGGGUUGAAAAAGAACCCUUUGAAUUUGGUAGAUCCAUUAAUUGGCAUCAACAUAUUACUGAACAGAAAAAAGUUCUUAUGGGAGAAAAACAUUUUAAACGUAAUGAACUUAGAAAAUUGUUUAGUCAUCCCAGAUACCUUGGUGAUCAUAAGAAAAUUCAUACUGGAGAGAAACAGUUUGAAUGUAGUGACUGUGGGAAAUGUUUUACUCAGCGUGGAAACCUUAUUAAACAUAAGCGACUUCAUACAGGAGAGAAACCCUUUAAAUGUAAUUUAUGUGAUAAAUCAUUUAGUUUUCGUGGAUACCUUGAUAGCCAUAAGAGAUUUCACACUGGAGAGAAACCCUUUGAAUGUAACGAAUGUGGGAAAUGCUUUACUCAGAGUGGAGACCUUAUUAAACAUAAGAGAAUUCACACUGGAGAGAAACCAUUUGAAUGUACUGAAUGUGGGAGAUCUUUCAGCAGGAGAGAAGGACUUACUAUACAUAAGAGGAUUCACACUGGAGAGAAACCAUUUGAAUGUAAUGAAUGUGGGAGAUCUUUCAGCAGGAGAGAACGACUUACUACACAUAAGAGGAUUCAUACUGGAGAGAAACCUUUUGAAUGUCACGAAUGUGGGAAAGCCUUUAGCAGAAGAGAACGGCUUACCGCACAUACCAGGAUCCACACUGGAGAGAGACCAUUUGAAUGUAAUGAAUGUGGAAAAUCUUUUAAUCAUCGUGGUGAACUUAUAACACACAAGAGAAUUCAUACUGGAGAAAAACCAUUUGAGUGUAAUCAAUGUGGGAAAUCUUUUAAUCAUCGUGGAGAUCUUACAAAGCAUAAGAGAAUUCAUACUGGCGAGAAACCCUUCAAAUGUCAUGAGUGUGGGAAAUGCUUUCAUCACCGUGGAGGUCUCACUAUGCAUCAGAGAAUUCAUACUGGGGAGAAACCCUUCCAGUGUAAUGAAUGUGGGAAAUGCUUUAGUCAUCAUGGAGGUCUUACCAGGCAUAAGAGAAUUCACACUGGAGAGAAACCCUUUGAAUGCAAUCAGUGUGGAAAAUCUUUUAAUCAAUGUGGAGACCUUACUAGACAUAAGAGAAUACAUACUGGAGAAAAACCCUUUGAAUGUACUGAAUGUGGAAAAUCCUUUAGCUGGAGUCAACAGCUUGCUGCACAUAAGGGAAUUCAUACUGGAGAGAAAUCUUUUCAAUGAAGUUGGAAAUACUUCUGUCCAAAUAGAGGGAAUGCUGAAUUUGGAUUUAGAGAGAAAAUCAGAAUUCAAAAUCCCUGCUCUGUCACUUUUUGUGAUAUGGAGCAGAUCAUUCAGCUUCUCUGGGCAGUCCUUCAGCUAGUAGCAUCAGGAGUUUGUUGAAAAAAUUCAUACCUGAAAGAAAUAAUAUAAUGAUUAUGAAGAGUUCUUUAGAUAGCAUUGAUGCCUUAAUAUACAUGAGUACUUAUAGGCGGUGCUUUGUACAGAUCAGUAGUUUUACUGACUUGUGAAUCACUUUAAAAUAACAUUUAAUAAUAGGUGUAUAAAAUUUCUCUAUGUUAAAACAUAGACUGCAUUAUUGAGUUUUUGCUUUCAUCUUGAAACACACAGAAAGGCCUAAGUUCUGAAUUAUAUGCUCAGGUACAUUCUUCCAUCCUGUGUGAUAGCCUCCUUGGAAGAACCCAUUUGUGUCCCUGAGGGUAUAAAAACUUUUUUUCCUGAGGGGGUAGGGAGGCAUACAACAUGAUUUAGUGUUACCAUUGGUGCAUUAAUGAUUUUAUCAACAUGGCCCAUUACCCAUGGGUAAUGGCCCAACCAUUACCUCUGGUAAUCAGGUUCCUAGAGAUAGUUGUUCAGGAUAAAUACACCCAGGACUUUAAGUAAAUUGCACUUCUUGUAUACUGGUUAAUGAGCGUUUUGAUAAAUGCCAAAGGUAAAUCCUAAUAAAUUUUAUAACUGCUUCUUGUGUAAUCACUAUAUUACUGAAAUGUUGGUUGACUUCUCCAUACAGUUACUGUAAUCUUUGUUUAUCAUAUUGUGAACCUUUAGUUGUGACUUUUGCCUUAACAUUGUCCAGUUUUUGCUGGAGAGAAACUCUCUGAGUGUAGCAAUUGGUUAAAAGCUUUAAGCCACAACGCCAGCAUAAACAAAAGAGUAUUCACAGAAGCUAUUUUGAAGAAUCUGAGGUCAUCAAGUUGAACCCAGAGCUGACCAGUUAGGAUUAGUAUUCACUUAUGGUGCCAUUAAUAUGGUCAUCUGGUCACUCCUUGGAAAGGGAAUCACAAUUUGAAAAAUUCCCUUCAACAUUUAGAUAGUUGUAAUUGUCAGGAAACUUUUCCUUACAUAAAACUUCACUCAGUCUUUCCACAACUUCUAUCCAUUGCAACAUUGCUCUUGAUUCUUGUUCUCUGGAGCCAAGCCCUCCCCUCCCAAAAAAAAAAUCCCACCUUCUCACCCCAUCUUGAAUAUUUUGAAUGGGAUGUCCCAUUUGCAUCUCAAAUUUAAUUCAACAUGCCCCAAAUGACUCAUUCUUUUCCUUUAAGGUCUCCUGUUUUGAACUACCCUGUU